GCUUUACGGCUGCUAUAAAACGACGCCCGGUGAACGUGGGGAUGGUGCUUUUUGGCCUAUCCCCUGCUGUUUUACGGUCGUCGUAAAAGAAGGCCGCCGGCUGGAGUAGGGGUGCUUUAUGGCCAUCGUAAUACGACGUGUCCAGUGUGGAUACGAACGUCACAAAGCGCCCACCACACGGGAGGCAAGCCAUAGAGAGGGAAGUGGUUCAGCGCAGAGCGCCGACUUCCGGCGUGGAGAGGAAGCGGGGUGCAGGCACGAUGGCGGCGGCCAAGAGGAAGCGUGGGGCGGGCGCGGGCCGGGCCGGCGCGAGGAAGAGAGCGCGGGGCACGGCCGAGGGGGCGCGGCCGGGCCCGGCCAGGGAGGAGCACCGCGUCCCGGCCCCGGUCUCCCAGGGAAAAUGGAAAAACAAAGAGCGCGUACUAAUUUUUUCUUCCCGAGGAAUUAACUUCAGGACGAGACAUCUGAUGCAAGACCUGCGAACAUUGAUGCCCCACUCGAAAGCAGACACUAAGAUGGACCGUAAAGACAAGCUGUUCGUAAUUAAUGAGGUUUGUGAAAUAAAAAACUGCAACAAGUGUAUCUUUUUUGAAGCCAAAAAGAAACAGGAUCUUUAUAUGUGGCUUUCAAAUACACCCCAAGGACCAUCAGCCAAAUUCUUGGUGCAGAAUAUUCACACACUUGCAGAGCUGAAGAUGACUGGAAACUGCUUGAGGGGGUCGCGGCCUCUUUUGUCUUUUGAUCAGGCAUUUGAUCAGGAACCACACUAUGCUUUGUUAAAAGAGUUGUUUAUUCAGAUCUUUAGUACACCACAGUAUCAUCCCAAAAGCCAACCUUUUAUAGAUCAUGUAUUCACAUUUUCCAUCACAGACGACAGGAUCUGGUUCCGGAAUUAUCAGAUUGUAGAAGAAGAUGCCUCCCUUAUAGAAAUUGGACCUCGCUUUGUCUUAAAUCUUAUUAAGAUUUUCCAGGGCAGCUUUGGAGGACCGACUCUGUACGAAAACCCCCAUUACCAGUCUCCAAACAUGCAUCGGCGGAUGAUAAGAUUGGCUAUAGCUGCUAAAUUUAAAGAAAAACAUCAAAUGAAAGAACUUCAAAAGAUUAAGAGUAAAGAAGACAAGACAUGUAUUCCAGAAGAUCCUACUGAGACUGUCUUUGAAACACCAACUGGAGAAAAGCCCUUGGAGAUAGAGUUGGUGAAACCAGAGCCAAAAGUCAAUUUAAAGAAGAGAAAGAAACAAUUUCAACGUCAAAGGAAGAAGCAAAAAAAGCUUUCCAGAGUGGGAGCAUAACAGUUGCAAAUUUAAACUAGAUCACCUCUCAGCCUUGUAUAUUUGUGUUUAGCUAUAUUUUAUAGCUGCCUUGCAUAUACUAAUGUAAAUAUCUUUUUACAUCGGUGCCUAUGUGCCAUCAAUUUUGAGUAAAUGGAAAAAAAUCAGAUGUGGAGUUGUGAUCUGAGGCAGGUUGUAUAUAUACCUGUGGGACUCAUUUUAAAUACAUUUUUUUGUUGUUGUUUUUCA